AAAGAUAUGACAGCUAGAGCUCUUCAUUAUGUCUUCAAAAUCGGCGACAGAAAAGCUUCUUAUGAGUUCUUCACGAAAACCCUACAAAUGAAGGUAUUGCGACAUGAAGAGUUUGAGGAAGGAUGCAAAGCAGAAUGUAAUGGGCCUUAUAAUGGAAAAUGGAGUAAGACUAUGGUGGGCUAUGGCAGUGAAGACGAUCAUUUUGUCCUGGAGUUGACCUAUAACUACGAGAUCGGCUCUUAUCGACUUGGCAACGACUUUAUNGGAUGCAAAGCAGAAUGUAAUGGGCCUUAUAAUGGAAAAUGGAGUAAGACAAUGGUGGGAUAUGGCAGUGAAGACGAUCAUUUUGUCCUGGAGUUGACCUAUAACUACGAGAUCGGCUCUUAUCGACUUGGCAACGACUUUAUGGGAAUUUUCAUUGAAUCUGAUGAUCUUCACAAGUCCAUCGAAGGGCUCGGCAGUGCAAAGAAACUUCCCUGCGGCAAGCUCCAGAUAACAGAUCCGGAUGGUCACUGGUUCCUCAUAUGCCCAGGAAAAGGACCUCCAAAAGUGGUUAAAGUAGGCGUUAGAGUACAGGAUCUGAAGAAAAGCGUUGACUACUGGACCAAUCAGUUGGGCAUGAAAGUAGUCGAAGAACGAGAUGGAGGACGUACUACCAUGAGCUACGGAGAAGGCCAAUGCCGCCUUGAAGUACGUCAACUUCCAGAAGGUACAGCACUAGAUAGAGCUAGCGCAUAUGGUCGUAUAGCGUUCGCCUAUCCAGAUGAGAAGGCAAGUUUUCUUAUUGAACUGCAAGAGAAGAUCAAAGCCGCCAAAUUACCCAUCCUCAAAGAACUUGUCACACUCGACACUCCAGGGAAAGCUAGUGUACAAGUCGUGAUUCUUGCUGAUCCCGACAAGCAUGAAAUCUGUUUUGUUGGAGACAAGGGUUUCCGCGAACUCAGCAAAGUCGAUCCAAAAGCUGAUGAACUUAUACGCAAAGAGAUCGAACAGGACAACAGCGUGAGCUGGUUCAAGGAUGGGAAGAAAAAAGUUUGA